AUGGAUUUAUUACUAUCAUAUAAAGAUGAUGAUGAUGAUAGUGAUAGUGAACAAGAAGAUGUAAAGCAACAGAAACAACAACCUAAAAAGAAACAAAAGAGCACAAUAGAUACAUCAUCGACGUUUGUUGGUAGAGAUGGAGAUAUACCUGAUCUACCUUUAGAAAUAAUAGAUAGAUUAUCAAAUGUCAAUAAUAGUCAAGAUGAAGAUAUUGGUACCAAUGGAACUAAACAAGAUGACAACAAGAUUGAUAAACAUAAAGGAAAGAAAAGACAAUUUGAACAUGUUGAAGGAAAUUACCCAACCUUUGUAUAUUUUGAUGUUCCAAUUGAUAGAAAAGAUAUGGAAUCAAUGAUAGAUGAAGUCCGAGAUAUUGGAAAUGAAAUGGGUAUUGGUCAUCAAGUAGAUCAUUAUCAUGUAUCACUAUCAAGAGUAUUUCCAAUGAGAGAACAUCACAUUGACUUGUUUUGUAAUCAAUUAAAAUUGGAAUUAAAAAAUAUUCAAAAAUUUUCAAUUCAAUUUGAAUCAAUAUCAACCUUUUUCAAUGAUGAUAAAUCAAGAAUAUUUUUAUCAUCUAAUGUGACGACUGGAAUCAAAUCUGUUAAUCGUAUCAUUGCAAUGGUUGACAAAUGUCUUGAUCAAUUUAAAUUCCCUUUAUUCCAUGAGAUUCCAUUACCACAUUUAUCUAUUUGUGGGGGUUUCCCAUCUGAUGACACCAGUAGUGAUAAUAAUAAUAAAUCCAGUGGUAGUCCAAAAAGAGACAAGAAAGAGAAAGCAGUUAUGGCUGGUCAAAGAAGAAAGGUGUUAAAGAUUGUUAUCAUUGGUGAAAAGAGUGUUGGUAAAACAAGUAUUCUUAAAAGAUAUGUAGACCAACGAUUCGUCCCUAUGAAACCAACUAUAGGAAUUGAUUUUGUAAACAAGGACGUGAUGGUUCAUGAUAGACUCGUUACACUUCAACUUUGGGAUACCUCUGGUCAAGAACGUUUCCGUAGUUUAGAUAUUAGUUAUUAUAGAGGAGCAGAUUGUUGUGUACUAGUGUUUGAUGUUACCAAUGAAAAGUCAUUGCAAGAUUUGAUUAUUUGGAGAAAUGAUUUUAUCGAAAAGAUUGGUGUACAGAAUCAAGAUACAUUCCCUUUUGUGGUGUUGGGUAACAAGGUCGACGAAGAAUCAAGAGUGGUAUCAGAGAAACAAGCUUUAAACUUUGUCAAACAAUUGGGAGGAAACAUAUUUUAUUUUGACACUAGUGCCAAGAGCAAUAUUAAUGUCGAAGAAGCUUUUAGUACCGUUUCAAGAAUAUCUUUACAAAGUUUGGAACCAGAUGCUUUUGAUGAAGCAACUCGUAAACCUGAGAAAUUAAGUUUGGAAACUCCAAAAAAAGAUUCACCCUGUUGUUCAACAUAA